GCAUUGAUGAGCUUGGAACUUACCUAGACGUUUCCUCGAGGGAUUUCAAAGAAUCAGAACAGGUCUCUUACAGAAACCCAACAUUAUGAGGUGAUUUCCGUCAUCUGAAACCUCAAUACCCCUCAGGCGAACCUCGAUCGCUUCCAACAUGCCUUGUACGAGCCUACACUCUCCUCUCCGACAGCUAGUUCGCGAUGCCGGACGGGCUCGAGAAAUUCCCUCUUUCCUCCUCCCGGCUGCCUCACAGCGGUGGCUCUCUCGACAAAAUGCGACACUCGCGGCUUCAGCCAGACAGUCACGGAUUGGUCGAACUCCCAUUACCGUCCCGCCCGAAGUCACGUUGAGAUUCUAUGAUUUGCCUCGAGGAAACACCAGGAGCAGGAAGCCAGAUACACCGGCUACAGCGCUUGAGGUCACUGGGCCUUUAGGACAAUUGACGGUCCCGCUCCCACCAUACCUCAAGACCGAGCACGAUGAAGUUUCGAAGAAGAUGAACGUCAAUGUCGCUGACGCCGCAGAAGCACACCAGCGGGCCAUGUGGGGGACGAUGCGCGCCCUGAUACAAAACACCAUCUCCGGCGUGUCUGAAGGGCACCCCUGUAUUCUCCGAUUAGUUGGAGUUGGAUAUCGUGCCACUAUCGAAGAUACGGCACUCACAAAGACACCAGAAUACCCGGGUCAGAAAUUUGUGAAUUUGAAGCUGGGUUAUGCACACCCUGUCGAGAUGCCAGUGCCCAUGGGGGUCAAGGCGAGUGUACCGCAGCCGACAAGAAUACUGCUGGAAGGUUGUGACAAGCAGGCCGUGAAGCAAUUUGCAGCUGAGAUCCGUCAGUGGCGCAAGCCAGAGCCAUACAAGGGCAAAGGCAUAUUUGUCAACGAUGAAACAAUACGGCUCAAGGCGAAGAAGAUCAAAUAAACUAGUCGGACCGAGUGGAGGGAGGAGGCUCACAGUGCCAGCCCGGAACUCUAUGUAUCAUUGUAUCAAUCUAUACGCCUUAGCACUUUCACAGUGGCCC